GUGUGCCCAAGAGUGUUUGCGAGUGAGCGUUCAUUGUUAUUUGCCUGGCGGCUCUUGUCUGCAUCUCGCGUCUUGUCUGUCGUGUGUGGAGUUAUUACCCUGAUACGGUAUUAAGGGUUGUGUGACUGUGCCGAAGGUGAUGCGCAGCGGUGCUGACCUUUGCAGAGAGCAAAGGGGUUGGUCGGCAAGACGGUGAGGCGGAAUCGCCACGGCAUAUGGAUGCUCCACUUGAGGGUGCAAAUGAGAGUGCGGGCGACGGUGUCGCGUCUCCUCCUGGGAACCCGGCCCGGGACGUCAGAUGGAGCGGCAUACUUCGUGCGGCAGACGAAAUGAGAAUGGAAGUGGAGAAUGCGCGAAAUGAAAAAGAGGCGGGAGACGGCGGCGGCGGAGCGCCCGCGGAAUCGAAAGGAUCGAAAAUGGAGACGCAGUCGGCCGAAGGGUGCUGUGUGAAGAAGUCAGCCGCGCACGAGGAGGAGCAGAACUCGAAGGGAGCGGAAGACAAGGGCAAACUGAGGGAUAAGGCGGAGGAGAAGGGAGGGGGGAAGGAUGUCAAAGAGGAGGGAGAGGGGGAGAGGGGAGAAGUGGUGGAAAAGGGGAGCAAGUUAAGUACUGAGGACGAUGACGUGGAGAGAGAUGCGAAGGAGCAGGGAAAAAAAGAAGAGAAGGGAGUCGCUCGGGAUGGCGAGGAGAAGACUCGGGACUUAGCGGGAAAGCAGAAUGAUGAUGAGGAAGACGAGGUUGUUCGGGAUGACCAGCAGAAGAGUCGGAAAACAAGGGGGGAAAAGCACAAGAAGGAUGGCGACGACGACGGGAACUCUGGAUGCGAGUCGGAGGAUAAACCAAUAUCGCCCAAGAGCAAGGAGAAGGGUGCACCUAAGCGCGAGAAGGUAAGGGAGCAGAAGGACCAUCCGCGCGAGGAGGAAGGAGACGGCUCGCAUGAAGAAGGGUUGUCGCAGAAGGAUGAGCAGAAUGUCGAUGAAGAUAAAAAGACAUCUCAGAAAGAGAAGGGUGCGGUGAAGGAUAGGGAGAGCACAGACGUAGAGCGAGCAUCCGCCCAUGAGAGUGAGAGCAAAGAUAAAUCAGAGAAGGGAGGCGUCGUGAGGGAGAGCGACAGUUCUCCGAAGAAGGAAGGAGAAAGGAAGCCUGUGGCGAAAGCGAAAAGUUUGCCGAAGAAGGUUGAGGCUGUUCGUGAAGGUAAGGAUGCAGCAGGCAAGGAGAAGAAGGAGAAGGAAACCUUGAGCGAGGCUAAGACCGUCGUCUCGCCGAAAGAGAAGGAAGGUGUCAAGCAGAAGGAACCCUCACGGGAGACCCCAAAGAAGGACAGUGGGAAUGCGCCGCCGCGGGACGGCAGGAACUCGCUGAAGGAGGAGGGAGUGAAGCAUUCGUUGACGAAGGAGAAACAGCUGAAGAGCUCAGGAAAGGAAGAAGGAAAAAGUAUGGCAAAGGAGAAGGGUGGGAAGAGUCUCCCUAAGGAGGAGGGCAAGCGCGGGAUAACAGCGGGAAAGGACGGUAGAAGUGUGGUUAAGGAGAAGGAGAGGAAAGGUGUUGGGAAGGAGGAGCGAGUAAAGAGUCCGCGGAAGGAAAAGGAUGGGAAACUUGUGUCGCCUGAUCAAGAAGGGAAGAAGAAGGAAGCCAUGCGGGAAAGGGAGAAACUGAAAGACGGCGUAGGAGCAGAAGGUAAAUUGAAGGUCGCCAAACACUUUGGAAAGCACCGGGAGAUGAAAUCACGCCUUGAGAGCUCGUCGUCGUCCUCGUCCGGGAGCGACUCAGAGAAGGACCCUUACGAUUUUGAGAGUGACGAUGACACUCGGUACAAGAAAGGGAGAGACAAGAAAUCAGAAAAGUCGGAAAGGAGGAAGGAGUAUAGUAGAGGAAAUGGGAGAGCGGGCAGUGAUUCGGAUGAUGGAGAUGAUUCCCAGUCUUCUGAGGAUAGUGAUGAAAGCGACGAGUACCGGAGGAGGGGUGGUGGCAAGACUAAACGGCGCCGUGCGCACGGCACAGAGAAGGUCAGGAGAACCAGAGACGUUGGGUCUGAAGAAGAGGAAUCGGAGUCGGAAGAUGAGAAGGUGAAGAAGAAGCGAGGGUACGAGAACAAACGAGCGAAGCGUCAUGAAUAUGAGGACGACGAAGAGUACGAUGAACCUAAGCGACGGCGGCUGGAGGGGACUUCAUUGGAGCGUGUGAAGAAGAAGGAUGCACAUAACAGUAAAGGAGACGACGAAAUGGAAGGGAACAAGGCGGGGAGCAAGUUUCAGCGACCUGGAUUGAAAAGCCCACAACAUCAAGGUCAACUGGGUAAGGGGCGGUUGGUCAAGCACAGCCAAGGAGAGAAGGUUGGCCCAGAUGAGCGGAAGCAUAUUGUCGCGUCCCAACAGUCGAAAGUAUCGGAGCGAAAGUCUGCUCUCAACCCUCAACUGAAGACGAAGGCUGUGCUUGUCCAGAAGCACCAGCAGGGUUCCGCCCCAGCUUCGAGGGCGUCAUUGGGCGGCACAGUAUCUUCCAGUCCCGCUGCACAGCCGAAGUCACUCGGAGAGCGUAAGCAGGGAUUUGCGGGGCCAUCUCCGCCUCAGCAACAUGGGAAAUCUGGCACGUUGGAGGAGCACAAGCAUCACCUUGCGAGCCCUCCAGAGUCGAGGGCGUUGAUUAAGGGACGAAAGCCUGCAGUGGCAGCAGCGGCUGGGUCGAAGGUGGCGUUGCUCGCGGAAGGAAAAGGCCGGGUGGACAAGGGUUCGCAGACGCCGUCAACUGAGCAGUACAACUCGCUGCUGUAUGCUUGUUGGAGGGUGCUGAGGAAGGAGGCACCUGGAAUGCCUAUGAAGUUGUUGGCGGAGCGAAUUCGGUUGGAGGGGAUUCAUCAGCUGAAGCGGGGGGCGCCGGGCGUUAGCGAGUUGUUGAAAGCGCUGGAUAGGGAUAACUACUUCAUUGUGGAUGAUGGUCGAUGUUACCUAGAGAAAAAGACCGGCCGAGUUGUGAAAGCCCUGGACGCAGGAUCGGCUAGGCUUUUGGAGUCGCCGAAGGCUGGCGAGGGGAGAGAGAUUGUCUCUCUGGACCAAGAGGGUCACGGAACAGAUGCGAAAUCUCCUGGUGAGGCGGUGAGGGGCUCAUUGACUGAGCAAAAGGACUCUCGAGCGCAGUCGGAAACGCCCGCACCGCUGAUGAUUAUGGCCCCCCCUUCUUCUCCGACGAUGGAAGAGAAGGAUUCUGUCGGGCCUAAGAAUGGCGUUACGUACCAGAAGGAAUCUCGGAAGAGGAAAAAGGCUGAAGAGGACGGCUCAGGUCUUGCCAAGGAGGAGGUGUCUGGUGCGAGUGAUGUUGCGGACGAUGGCUCUACAAUGAAGAAGGGCAAGGUUUCCAACGAAGAAGAGGUCGAUACCGAGUCGAGGGAAAAGAAGAAAGUGCAUGCGGAUUCAGCAGGCAAGGAAGGCAAGAGUAAAGGUGGGAAGACCGAAGAGGAAGAGGACGACCUGACCCACGGUGACGCAAACAAGAGGAGGAAAGUUGAAAAUCGGGACGUGACGGGUGACGAUGCAGCCAAGGAGGGGGAAGAGCGCCCGCGGCAUGAGGAAGAUGCCAGCAAUAACGUGGACGGAGAAGACGUUGAGCGUGAUGAUGCGAGUAGGAAAAAGAAAGGAGACGCCGUGGAGGAUUAUGCUAACGACGGCAGUUCAGUGAAAAAGAAGACGGAUGUCGACAACUCCAGUGGUGCCCCUUCCCCCCGCGAGGAUGUUCGUAGAAAGAAGAAGGGCGACGACGAGCACCCUCCCGCUGGUGCUUCUCCUUCGGAUGAACCGAGUAAGAAGAAGAAUGUGGAGGCAGAGGGCCGUGCUGAAGACGGCAAUCCCAGGAAAAAGAGCCAGGAGACUGCGGACCAUGCCCAUACGGAUAAGGUUAAAGCAAAGAAGGCAGAUGCGGAGAGUGUACAGGACACGAAGGGCAGGAGAAAGAAGAUGGAGACCGAAGAUCCGGAUGAUUCCAGGGGCAAGAAGAAGGUCGAGGUCGACGAACAAAGGUUACCUGAUGGCGUUACUAAGAAGAAGAAGAAGAAGAUGCAGCAGCCAGAGUCGUCAGACAGCGAGGAGGAGGAGGAGGCGAUGGAUCGGUCUGUGAAGAAGAAGGAGAAGAGGGAGAAGGAACACAAAAGCAAGGAGGAAGAGAUGAAGAAGAAACUCGUUUCCCCCAAGUCCGAGGACCGCAAGGCGCGGAAGAAGCAAGAUGACGGCAUCGAGGACGGACGUAGAGGGGGUGGUAGCACGCCCGCUACGGCCGAACGUGCUCCCGGGAAGAAGGGGCGCCGAAUUUCUGCAGCUCCUGACGAGGUUGACCUACCUGACGAUGAAAGGUGUACGAGAUCCGACGGGAGGGCGUGGCGUUGCCGAGAGCCUCGAUAUGAGAGCAAGUCUUUAUGUCUGAAGCAUUAUGAGCAAACGUUGAAGAAAAGAGGGACUCCGAAGGCGGAGAAGGCAGGGACAGCGACUCCAAAGGUGGAGAAGGCGAAAGGAUUGAAGAGUCCGAAGUCUGUUGGAAGGGGGCCCGGCAAGGGGAAGGAGGUGGGGGUAAAAGACCCGGGGACGGGGGCAACAAACGCAGCUGUCAGCAAAGUGUGUACGUACAUUCGUGAAGCGUCAAACAAGCAGUGCAAGAGGGACGCCUUGCCCGGUCAGCGGUUUUGUGCAAAGCAUGCCAAAAAGGCACAACGUCGUGCUCAUGAGCUCGCUGCCCUAGAAAAGCAGGAUAGAGAAGGGCACACCAGCAAUGACGAAGCGAUCGUCGACUCCCGCCGGCGUGGAAAGGGUGGUUCCGGUGCUGUAUCGCCUCGUGAUGCGGGAGAUGGUCGCGGAUUAAGAAAGGAGAACCAACUCAAGGACGACGCCGCUGCGCAGCAGAGGGAGAGGACCCCGAUUAAGGGGGAUGGUUCUCUGAAUUCACCCGUUGGGAAGAAGAAGAACAAGCUCAGCCGUAUGUGUCAUCAAUGCCAGCGAAAUGAUAAGGGCGAGCUAAUUUUCUGCGAUAACUGUGAAAACUAUCGGUACUGUACUUCUUGCAUUAAGAAAUGGUACCCAGCGUACAGUGAAAGUGAUCUGCAAAAGAAGUGCCCCAAGUGCCGUGGCAAUUGCAAUUGCUCAAGUUGUCUCAACAAAAGAAUCAUUCAUGAAGUUCCCAAACUGAGUGUAGAGCAGAGGAGACGUUACCAGCUUCAGGUGCUAGGUAUGCUCAUGCCGCAUUUGAGGGAGCUUCAUGUUCAGCAGGAAAAGGAGCUGAGCAUAGAGGCAGAGAAAGCAGGAGGCAAGAAAGUCGACAUCAAGCAAAUGCAUCUGGAGUCUGAUGAACAGAUUACCUGCGACAACUGCUGUGCAGCUAUAGUCGACCUGCAUCGCUCGUGUCCGAAAUGUGGCUUCGAUGUUUGCCUGGAGUGUGUUGCUGCAGUGAGGGCAGGUGGAGCACCAAAAAGGUGGCACCCUGUUCUUGCAAAUUCCAGGGAGGAUCACGUAGAUGGGGAGGGAGAGAGAACACGUGAGCCUCCAGUUGGAGGUGAUGACGACAGAAUAGAUAAUAAAGGUCGGAAAAGGAAAGGCCACCUAGACGCUGAGCGUCGUACACGGCCAAGGAAAGAUGAAGCAGACUCUGGGUCGUUGGAAGAAGGUGAUGAUGAUUACCUUGAGCCAGAACUUAGGACAGAUUUGCCGCCAUGGACAGCAGUUGGGGAGGACAAAAUGGUCCCAUGUCCACCGAAGGAGAGGGGUGGCUGUGGGGGGGCGAACUUGGAGCUUAAGACUCUUCUCGGUCGAGACUGGAUUUCGAAGCUUAAGAAAGAAGCUGAGGAGGUACUUCAGGCAACAGGCGGUGCUGUUGCGGCAUCAGAUAAUGCGGCCAAUGUGCGGUCAGAUCCUUGUGAAUGUGUUGUGAAGGCAAAACAGGCGGGUAAGCUGGGCAGGUAUAGAGGAGUAUUGGAAGAGGCAGAAGAUUUGAUGAAGGCAGCAGGCAGGCCCGGUGGGGAUGAUGAUGUACUGUAUUGUCCACAUGUAAGUGCCUUGAAUGUGAAAGCUGUUGACAAGAGGGUGGCCAUGCUCAAUCACUUCCAGUUGCAUUGGAAGCGCGGUGAGCCUGUUGUCGUCAGAGGCCUUUUGGACAGGGAAUCUGGGAUAAGCUGGGAUCCGACUGUCGUCUGGCGUGCUGCAAAGAAACGCCAAAAGGAUGAUGAGACAUCCCAUGUUGUGGAUGCCAUCGACUGUCUGGACUGGUGUGAGGUCCAGCUGAGUGUGCCACACUUCUUUGCGGGUUAUUUGCAAGGAAGGAUGUAUGUGAGUGGCUGGCCAGAGAUACUGAAGCUGAAGGACUGGCCUCCACCCUCGUUCUUUGAAAAACGGCUGCCGCGUCACUAUGCAGAUUUCGUAGAUGCCCUCCCAUGUCACGAGUAUACAAAUCCAUCCUCUGGAAUCUUCAACCUGGUCUCCAGGGUUCCCCUUGGGACAGCAGGUGUUGACCUGAGCCCCAAGGCGUAUGUGGCCUAUGGGAUGCAUGAAGAACUUGGAGUAGGAGACUCCGUCACAAAGCUGCACUAUGAUCCAACUGAUGUGGUGAACGUACUGCUGCAUUCUGCUGAGGUUCCCAUUCCUGCCUGGCAGAGAGGAAGGAUACAGAUUCUGAAGAGUGAGUUAGUGGGAGAGAAGGCCGGUACGGCUAUACUCCAUGACAAGUUUGAUGCAACAAAACACAGGGGCCUAGCGACACCAGAGCGAGAGAGUGAGGAAGAUCGCGGUACUGAGGAUGGUCCCAAUGACAAGGGACAUGCAAGGGAUAGAAAGGAGAAGGAUGUGACAGCAAGUAAGAUAGAUGCAGAAAAUGGUGGGCCAGUGGAAGGGCUGGGGAAGGACAGGCAGAACGACAAAAAGGAACUAGCUGAGGGUGAGCAGAAAGGGAGGAGCAACGAUGCUGCCACUGACCAAGAUUUAGGUGAAUAUGGAGGUGCUGUGUGGGAUGUGUUCCGUCGGGAGGACAUUGGCAAGCUAGAAGAGUAUCUUCGAGAGCACUGGAGGGAGUUCAGGCAUCUCAACAAUGAGCCUCUCAAGAGGUUGCUGCAUCCUAUUUAUGAUCAGACAUUCUUCUUAACGGAGGAGCACAAGCUUAAGCUGAAAGAAGAGAAAGGAAUUGAGCCGUGGACAUUUCAGCAACACCUUGGAGAUGCAGUCCUUGUGCCGGCAGGCUGCCCACAUCAAGUUCGGAAUAUGAAGUCUUGUUUCAAGCUUGCUAUGGAGUUUGUGUCUCCAGAGAAUGUUCAUGAGUGCAUCCGCAUUGCUGAUGGCACUCGAAUGCUCCCGAAGAGCCAUGCUGCCAACGAAAGCAAACUUCAGGUGAAGCGGCUUAUGCUGCAUGCGGUGAAGUCUGCUCUUGAAGAGCUUACCAAAGUCCCCAAAUCUACUGUGGAUGCAAGUUGAUGUUGUGGAAUUUUGGCCGUGCAUUCUGCAUGGGUAAUGACAGAAAAGAAUGGUCCAUAAGAAAAUGCAAGCUUGGCAGGAGGUUGGACCAGUGUGGGAGAAAGAUCAGGACGAUGAAUGGGAGGAGGCCUGCAGGUAGUAUUAGGAGCACAGGUGCCAGGAUGGAGGGGAAGUAGGACGAGGAGAGAGAGAGAGGGGGGGAGACAGAGAGAGAGAGAGAGGAGGGCGGGGCAGGGAAUUAUGAGAGGAAUGGUCCCCAUAGUGUCUCGACAGGGGAAGACAAUGGAAAUGCAGGGAGAUGCGGUCAAGUGAUGAGACCACAAAGUUGCCUUUGGCAUAUGCAGUUCAUGCAAGGUAAGUCUUCCCGAGAUGUGCAAUUAUAUGAGGUGAUUGUGCUGUGAGGACAAAGCAGUCCGGUUUCUAGUAUGUGAAGUAGGCGCGUAGGGUGUUUCUAUCUCUUUCUGCCUUCCAUGUCGAUGGUUUAGCUGUUGCAUAUUUUGUAGGGAGAUGACUUUUUUGUAGCCGUGUUAUAGGCGCGACUGUUAAACAGUACUCUGCUACUGGAAGCGGGUCUGGUCGUUUGUCUGCUUCCUGGCUUGUGCAUUGCGGACUUGCUAGAAGGAUCAAGACUUUUGCUUGCCAAUCAUUCCCGAUCCUUUUUGUUUCUGUUGUCAAAGGCUGGUUUGUGGAGAGCAGAGGGGUGGAUUACACUAGCAAUAUUACAUUUCGAGAGAUUUUCAUGCGGGCAGGACCUUUUUUGCCACCCAAUGCUUACUGUCGUCCUUUUUAAGAUGUCCAUCUUUGUUUUUUCUUUUUUUUCUUUUUUUACACUUGGGGGCUUAGGCAAUGCAGUUGGCGGUGUUGGCCGUCAACGGAGGGGUGUGGUGCUAGUUACCCUGUGCACUCUCUGCCUCUUCCCUCGUACACCCUGUGCACUCUCUGCCUCUUCUCUAAACGGUUUCUUAUUUGCUAGUCUUGUUGACGAAUCGAGCAGUGAGGCCAGUACUCAGCAGUUUGGGCUCAUCUGAUGUGUUGUUCUCGACUUCUCUGUCACUGUCAUAUUUGCGAGUCAUGUGGCCGACGAAAUUGAUGCAGGGGAUCUUGAUUGCUCAUUUGUUGUAGCAGAACCUCUCCCCGUACGGUUGAUGGGGAACGCUGCGGACAGUGAGAAGUAGAGUAUGCGCAAUGGACUUUGAACAGCAGGGAACAGAAUAUGUCAAACAUUUCCAGUUGAUGCUUAGAGCCUUGUAAUUACUCCACAUAGUCAGUGUCUUGGGACAUCAAUACACUUAAUUUGACUGCCGAUUGGUCAGUCAUGUGGUUGGUAAAUGCGUUCAGUGUAUAAAUGAAUCCUACCUGGCAUGUUGUGACAUUAGUGAAAUGGCGUGAAUGGUGAACACCGGAUAUCCAAGAUUCCCAGUAGUCUAUUGCCUCAAAAAAGGCAUAACCACUUGACAUGAACGGGGAGUGGUUUGAUUAACUGGGUAGUUUUUUUCGAGCAAAUGCUGCAGAACGAAGGAGAGAGACUUGAGGGAAAUGUGGCAGUAUCCCUCUUAUCGAGGAACGCUGCAGCAUCUCUGCAAUCCAUUGUGCCGUAAUGUGGCAGUAUCCCUCUUAUCGAGGAACGCUGCAGCAUCUCUGCAAUCCAUUGUGCCGUCCUGUUGAGCAUCGUCAAGGCCUUUCAUCACAGAAGAUCUCAGGUCUGUCCUGUGACCUGAGUCAAUUCCGCUCUCUCGAUGUUUGUUGCUCAUACGCUCACUAUGAUGUGGAGAAGCGGUGAUGUUGCACUCUCUUACACAAGUGUUUUUGAUGCAAUCGUGAAAGAAGUCCCAAGACUGCUUUGGGAACUGGUGUGGUUAGCGAUCUUCCAACUUGAGCCAGAGGUAGUUCUCACAGUAGAUUUGGGUCACCACUGCGGUGCAUCCCACAACGCUGUUGAUGAUUAGAAAUUGCUGCCUCGUUUCCAUCCGGGUGCUGCUUAGACAUCUGGCACAACACUAGUUUGUUGUUUACCUGUGUGGCACAUACAGAAUGUUUGGCAAUACUAGUAGUGUGUGCACCGGUGACUGUAGCUUUGUGAGCGUGGGAGGAGGAAGACGUCCAUCUGAGCACUUCCAUAAUCUUUCGUGGAUAUGCCCAGCCUUCCUGCUCUACAAAGCCUUGUUUGCUUAUCAUUAGAUGCCCUUUUGCUUGGGAUGUUGCGUUUUGUCACUGGCCAUCCGCCAUAAGGAGAUGUUUGUACUGCAAUCGUAAUGGGGCAUGGAUUGUGAAUUUUGUUUAGACAACUGCUCUGAUCCAUUUGUCUGCCCGGCAGAUUUUGAAAGUUUGCUUCGGAACGAUAUUCGCCAACAUGGAGGAGUUUUUACUUGAACACUUGUGCUUAUGAAUUAUAUCUUGCGGGCAUUUCACGAGGUUACAUCGGAUCCCGUGUGCUGAUGGCUGUGCAUUAAGGGGGCCGAUUGCUGGGUGAGGGGUGGGCUUGUGUGGAGCAGGCCUGGUGGUGCGUUUGACAUUUGAGAAAUGGUGGAAGUCGUGGUAAAGCUGUACAUAGCAAAAGUCUCUGAGGGUCGUGGUUUGCUGUACGGUUGUUGGUGUCCCCCCUCUUUUUGCUUGCCCUUUUAUGCGUCUGAUGUAUGGGCUUUGUAAUUUUUGGGGUGUUUUGUUGAUAAGGUUUACAGUCUUGACGUCAGCGGGGGCAGCAAAAAGUCACUGAAUGUUUCACCUUUGGUGGGUAAUGAUCUGCUCUUCCUGAGAGAGGAGAAGGUGAGCUCUCUUUCCAUUGUGUAAGUCAGGAAAGUCUGUGUUACGAGGCAAUUACUCUCCCAAAUGAAUCUAGUUUCGUCUU